AUCGAAGAAGGUAGUACUUAAGGUACCUUGUAUUGUACCAGACGGCCUUGACUCCAGCUUUAUUAGACAAAGCUUCGAACAAACAGUAAAUUCAACGACUAAAAUUACCUAACACAACUUUCGAUAAGAAACAUAUAACUUCAGUAUCUGCUAAUUAUCCGUCGAGAUAUAAGGUACCUAGUACCAUAAAAUACCAUAUUAUGGUAUGAAGUCAUUUCUCUGCUCUGUUCGAAGUAACGCCUUACCCGCCAUUAUCAACUCGUGAAGUAUCGAAGACAAUGGCACGCAUAGCACCAAGGACGUCGGUAGCGCCUGAUAAAUUCAAGAAUUUACUUCCCACUUUGAAGCCCACUAUUUACCACGACCCGGCAGUAAAUAAGACCCCAAACAACAUUCGCACGAUCGCCUGGAAUCCACUGGGCACUUAUAUUGCAACGGGUUGUUUGGAUAAGACUUUACGCGUCUGGAACGUGGACAAGCCUAAUGUGCGCCAAACGACCGAGUUGAAAGGUCAUACAGCAUCAAUUGAAAAGGUUGCCUUUAAUCCCGUCAAGGAGCUUGAGUUGUGCAGUGUGAGCAGUGAUGGAGUGGUUAGGUUCUGGGAUGUCAAGACUAAGCAGGUUCUGAACGAGGUUAAGGGCUUGGGUGAGACCUUUACUUUAGCAUGGGCUCCACGCGGCGAAUGUGUUAUUGUCGGGAACAAGGAAGAUACACUUUUUGUCAUUUCACCAACCGAAAGUACUCCAAUCUCGUCACACCAACAGUCUGUACAGACGAACGACAUCGCGUUCUGUUGGAGUGGUGAAAGGAUAUUUGCUACCACCGGAGAUGGGAAAAUCCGAAUCCUCUCAUUUCCGAGUUUCGAGCCUGCCUAUCAGUUUAGCUACAAAGAGGGACCGGAUGCCGAAUUCCAGUUAACUGGACACACCUCGUCUUGCAUAUCUGUGGAACUACAUCCGUACAAUCGGUAUCUAGCCACGGGUGGGACUGACUCCCUGAUUUCGUUCUGGGAGACAACGGAAUGGAACUGUGUCAGGACAGCGACGAAGAUGAUCGGCCCAGUCCGCACUCUUAGUUUCUCCUGGGACGGUCUGUAUAUAGUAGGCGGAAGUGAGGAAGGAACUGGACUAGAUAUCUUCAACUCUGAAACUGGAGAUCAUCUCUGCACAUACAAGACCUCAACAGCUUCUCCCGUCAUCGCCUGGGCUCCAAAUCGAUAUGCACUCGCGUAUAUCGACUCGGGAAGUUUACGAGUAAUAGGAGCUAGCGCCGGAGGGAAGUAGGAAGUUUGGGUGCGAGUUUAAUUGAUUACUCGCUAUGGUAACGGGUAACUAAGGAGAGACUCAUACUAUGAAGACUCAAUUCUGGUCGACUAGUUGAACUGUAUACGAUGGAUUUUAGGGGCACGGUAAAGUGUAGUUUUAAAACUGCGCUUGUUCAUAUAGACACCUACCUAAGGUAUAAGGAGAUAAUAUUUCGCCAAUAAUCCUUGAACCACCAGAUGAAAUAGCCAACUAGCAGAGACGGUAAUUACUUUAAUUAGAAACCUACUCAGGUUUUAUGUACACCUGAUGAAGAAUUCUUUCUAUUACACGCUAACUAUCGUUAGCUGAACUGCAAACUACUUACGGUUGUCUACUUGGCAUCGUUUAGAUUUUUUCAAUAUUUUUUCUCUCCAUCAUUUACCAUUUUAAGCUUAGAUGUAAGCUUAACUUAGCAUACCUACCUGAAUAAGCUUUACGGACUCAGAUAUGACAAUAUGACAGUAUGUAUCUUCAUGCUGCAUACUUACAUGUCUGCAUGCAUGGUAGUAAGGUCCGUGUAACGUUGUUUUAUAGGAACUCUCCGCUAGUACGAGCGCCUCGGAUGACUUUGAAUAUAAUAGCCAAUUAGAUCCGAUUACAGCUUACAUACGCAUAUGUAAAAGGUAAGGGAGGCAGUAUAGUGAAAUAA